AUAGAACUUUAUAUCUAUGAGUAGCGGGGUGAGGGGAAUUUAUCUCUGCAGUCGAUUCUACGGUAGCCUACUGAGCGAACAAGUCAGGUGCAGCCUUGCUCCACGCAUCAUCCAACAAGGAUGCCUUCCUACAAACUUGUGUACUUCAAUAUCCGCGGGAGGGCAGAGCCGACCCGCAUGAUGCUUAAUUACGUGGGCCAGAAGUUCGAAGACGUCCGCUACAGCUCCGAAGAGUGGGUCAAGCACAAGCCGACGACCCCAUUUCAGCAGCUACCAUACUUGGAAGUCGACGGGAAGAUUAUCCCUCAGAGUCGUGUGAUCGAGGGCUUCGUGGCCAGGGAGUUCGGUUUGAACGGGGCCAGUAACGAGGAGACGACCACAAUUGACUUGGUUACUGCCGUCCUCAAGGAUAUCAUGGAUCCGCUGGGCAAGAUCUUCUACGAGAAAGACGAAGUCAAGAAGAAGGAACUAUCGGCCACUUACUACGGCGAGACAGCUCCUCGAUUUCUGAAAGGGUUGGAGGAUAUCUUGAAAACAAACAACGGCGGUGAUGGCUUCUUCGUCGGUUCUAAGAUCUCGCGAGCUGACAUCGUCUUCUACGUGAGCAUGGAAUUAAGCCUUAAAGACGACGUCUUGAAAGAGUACCCGAAGCUCUACAGCCUGAAGGAACGUGUUGCCAAAGACCCCAAGAUCGCUGCUUACUUGAAAAAUCCUGUAAGCUGUCGUUUCACCUUGGUUCCCACGAUGCCGUCCUACAAAUUGGUUUACUUCAACAGCCGCGGCAGGGCAGAGACGACCCGGCUGAUCUUGGCUCACGUCGGCCAGAAAUUCGAGGAUGUCCGCUACUCUUACGAGGAGUGGGCCCGGCACAAAGCGGAUGCUCCGUUCCAGCAACUUCCCUACCUGGAAGUAGACGGUAAACGCUUGCCUCAGAGCCGGGCUAUUCAUGGAUUUCUGGCCAGGGAGUUUGGUUUGAAUGGCGCCAACAACGAGGAGACGACCAAAAUAGACAUCAUCAUUGCCACAGUUGAGGAUCUCACGGCCCCGGUGGUCAAGAUAUUUUUUGAAGAGAAGGACGAGGCAAAGAAGAAAGCGCUUUUUGCGACCUACCUUGAGGAGACAGCUCCCAGAUUCCUCUCCCCUCUCGAAGAAAUGUUGAAAAAGAACAAUGGCGGUGAUGGUUACUUUGUUGGUUCUAAGCUGUCCCGGGCCGACAUUGUCUUCUUUUCCAGCGUCGAAUUCUUCAAAGAGGAGUACGGCGUCUUCAAGAAAUACCCUAAGCUGACUGCCCUGAAGGGCCGCGUGGCAAAAGACCCAAAGAUCGCCGCUUACCUGGCCAAGCGCCCAAAGACGGAGUUUUGAAUCUUCGACUUAAAAACAGCAGAGUGAGCAGACGAUUCAUAAGAUAGAAAUAUAAUACUAUCAUAGCAAAGAUUAGCAGAAAAAUCAAGCGCGUUGAAUUUUGUCAUCGGAUGCUAAUGUACGUUGUGCUGCGCCAAUAAACCUUGUUUACGAGGUCAGUUUUGUUUAUCUUAGUUCCAUGAAUCUGUCAUAUUCAGUGUAAUCUGUUCCAUGAGGGGAUACCAGACUAUUUAGGGUUUCAAACUUCACUAUCAUUUUUGUUAAAUGUAGCUUAAAACAUUGAGAUAUAUUUCUCACAAAUUUCAAAUUAUUCUAAACAAAACCCAGCAUGAAUUUGAACGAACUUUUCUUUCGUUGCUGUAAUUGUUAUACUCUCAAGUUCCCGAAAUAAAUGCUUUGACCUCACUUUCAAUUUAAGAUGGCCGAUAUAUGAACACAGUCUGUUGGUAAAACUUUGAACAAAAACUUGUCUCUGCCAUUUGUGUUUCUUUUGUGUAUAUCAUUUCAAGCUGUUUAUUACGCUUACAAAGGGAAGUUUGGUGAGUGAGGAUUCUUUUCUGCUUAAAGCCGUAGUUAACACACAAGUGUGUAUUUGCCUGCGACUGAGGACCCCCUAUUGUUCCUUUUGUUUGUACUUCAACUUUUUUAGGAGACCACUCAUACGUUUUGUACACAGUUGUCUAUCGGGGACCUCAUUGUCUUCUAUUGUUCAGGGUCCCCAAUUGAAUGCAGAAACAAACUCACUGAUUCUUGAGUAAAUGACGGGGGAAAUAUUUGUUAGAUGCCUUGGGAUGCUUCUGAUAGUUUGGUGCAAAGGUCAUGAACCUUCACGACAAUUUUCAAACUUGUCUGGCAUUUGGUUGAAUCUGGCGUUGUUUUCGUACUCGUGAAACUAAUUCUGAAAAGCCUUUGUACUUGUUUCGUAGAGCUAUUCUUGUUGUUAAACCGUCCAGCAUUGGGGCUUAUUUCACCUGAUGUCAUCAAGAAUUUUUAUUGGGCAUAGAUCCGCGUAUUGGUGGUAAUUAUUCGGGAAUGUAUUUACCUGUAACUUUGGUUUGUAUCUGUAAUAAAUAACAUCACUCUAAACAUGU